AAAGAAAAGAGAUGAAAAAGAGGAGAAGAAGAAAAACCACGGGGAAAGAGAGAAGAAAACAACGGCCAAGAAACGUUCCAGGAGUCCAGAUAAAAGCCGAGAUGAUGGAAGAAAACAGAAGAAGAUUCGAGGGGAACCCGAAACACCACCGGCCCUCGAUAUCAACAAUUACCGCCUUAUAAAACAGAUAGGCAAAGGUUCAUUUGGCAAGGUGAUGUUGGCAUCUUAUAUGAUAAAAGACCAACUGGUUGCAGUGAAGAUAAUUGAAAAGAAAAAGACUCGGGACUUCAAGAACGUCAGGAAUGAAGCGUCAGUGCUACAGCUUGCCAGAAGAUGCCCGUAUUUAUGUCGGGGAAUGGCAACACUUCAAACUCAGUCUCUCAUACUGCUAGUUCUGGAGUAUAUGAGUGGCGGCACACUGGAUGACCUCAUAACAACCGUAGGACGUCUGAACAGUGACCUCAUAAUGUUUUAUUCUGCAGAACUAGCAGUAGGUUUGAAGUUCUUGCAUGCCAAUGGGAUCGUGCAUCGUGACCUGAAGCCUCAGAAUAUUUUGUUGGAUGAAGAGGGUCAUUUGAAGAUCGCUGAUUUCGGCCUCGUCUGUACCAACAUGUUUAAAUCAAAUACUCAGCGUGGAAGGUGUGGAACACCAGGGUAUAUAGCCCCAGAGGUUUUAGCAGAUAUGGAAUACAAUUCAAGUGCUGAUUGGUGGUCGUUUGGUGUUAUCUUAUAUAAAAUGGCCACCGGCAUAUUACCAUAUUCACGGCAUAUCUCUAAAGAAGAACAACUAGAAAGGAUCCUGACUGAAAAGCCGCAAUAUCCAGAAUUCCUUUCUGCGGAAUUACGUGACCUCUUAAAACAGCUCUUGAAGAAGAAGCCCAAACAUCGCCUUGGGGUAUAUGCCGACAUCCGGGACCACCCAUUUUAUUCCACAAUUGAUUGGGCGCAAGUGGAGAGAAGAAACCUGCUGUCUCCUAUUAUACCACCUAAAAGCUCAGUUAAGGGAUUCAGCAAGAAACAUAUCCCAUUCCCAGAGGAGGACCCCAGUGAGACCCGCAUGGUCGAAAAUUUCAACUACAUUGACCCAAGCUGGCAGGAGUAAUUCCUCUGCCACCACCGAGCUUGAUCUCAUCCAACUGACCAUCACAAAAGCUGUGCAACUUGCCACCAGGACACCAGUAGCACUGGCUUCAUCCUGUAAUAUCGGGUAAUGUAUAACAUCCAAGGUGAGCGAAUACUGUUUUUUAAUAUCUUAAAAUCUGUCCUGCUCUACCAACCCGAAUUGAAGCUUUCUCCCCACAUCCACUUCUUUCAGCACUGCAUGUAAUUGCCAGCAUCAUCACAGAAAGCACUUAUAGCUGCAUUUAUCAUCUCUGUGUGCUUUAUGUGCCAUUUCAAUCUUACGCAGCUUUUCAUAGUUUUAAAGUUUUUAAUCAUAGUCUCAGUUUUAUUCUAGUUUAAAAAAAAAAAAAAAAAAAAAAAAAAAAAACCUUUCCCUAUUUCUAUAAAGCACAGCCUCUUUCUUACAGGCUCUAUAAAGCACAGCCUGUUCCCAGCAGGCUCUUUAAAGCAUCAUACCUUCCCAUUAUACCUUAUUAAGCAGCCUUCCCAUCUCUCCAUGUAAAACUACCCUUCCCAAUUCUUUACCAAGCAUAACCUGCUUUUUUGCAGGCUCUAUAAAGCUCAGCCUGUUCCCUGCAGGCUUUAAAAAGCACAGCCUGUUCCCUACAGGCUUAAUAACGCACAGCCUCUUUCCACAGGCUCUAUAAAGCACAGUCUGUGAUAUCAUCAGAGGGGGGGUUAGGGGUGGGCAUAGCUAGUGGCCUGUGACUAGCUAAUUUUAAUCUAUGGUCAGUCAUAAGUCACUAGCGGUUCCCCUCUAAUGAUAUCACAGAUUCACCCUGUUAAACUACCUAUUCAUCUUCCCAUGAAAUACAUCCCCAUCAUACCUUCCCAUUGUACCUUAUUAAGCAACCUUCCCAUCUUUCCAUGUAAAACUGCCCUUCCCAAAUCUUUACCAAGCGUAACCUGCUUUUUGCAGGCUCCAUAAAGCACAGCCUGUUCCCUGCAGGCUCCAUAAAGCACAGCCUGUUACCUACAGGCUUCAUAAUGCAUAGCCUCUUUCCUACAGGCUCUAUAAAGCACAGCCUGUUCCCUCUAGGCUCUAUAAAGCACAGCCUGUUUCAUGCAGGCUUCAUAAAGCACAGCCUGUUCCCUACAGGCUUCAUAAUGCACAGCCUGAUUCAUGCUGCCUGUAUCCAACAGGCUUUAUAACACACGGCCUGUUCUCCCCAGGCUUUAUCAAGCAUUGCCUGCCUUUUUUAGGUCUUAUCAUCAUCUGUGAUGUCAUCAGAGGGGGGGAGAGGGGUGGGUAUUGCUAGUGGCCUGUGACUGGCUAAUUUCAAUCUAUGGCCAGUCACAAUCCACCAGUGGUUCCCCUCUAAUAACAUCACCAGUUACAUCUAACAGCAGCUGAUUCCAUUUAUUACCAACAUCUUAUGAUCAGAUAGGGUUGCUGACUUUAUAAGCUCCUGUCAGUAGUAAGCGUA